AACCAGCCGCUCCCGCGUUUCCUCAUGAUUUAGGAAACACAAACCCAUUCCUAAAAAAUCUCCAGGUUUCGAUUCCGUCUGUGAAUCGCAAAUGGGUUUAACCGAGUCAAAGUUUGUUGUCUAUAUAUAUAAAAGAGUUAUCUGCUUUGCAAAAUAUUAAGAUCCAGUGAGAAAAAGUUUCUAUUUAUUUGGCAAGAAGGAUAAGUAGAAGUAUAGAGUCAGGGUUAGCAGCAAUGGCGAUGUUUGUGACUGCAAAGAGAUCUGUGAGCGUGAUCGGUGGUUGGCGUACUGCUGCCGUGGAUGAAGAGCUCCGCCUUAAGCGACUGAAAGACUUCCAGAGAGGCGGAAAACGUCUCCGACAAAUUCAACUACUGAACGUCGACGAACUUCCUAUCAAGAAAAUCAAGACUACCGCGGCAGCGCCUCUGUCUUCAGGUGCGAUUAAGGAGGAGGCUUUGGGUGGUAGACGUACUAUCUCGAAGCUCUCUGGAAAAAGCCAAACUAUAGUGUCCAGUUCGGGGAAACAGAGUAAUAUUAUUGGAAUGAAAGUUGUAGCAGAAAUUCCAGUGGGCCGCAAAGCUUCGUUAGGGGAAACCGACAAAAUCAGGGACAAGAUUCGGGAAGACCUAGCAAAAUCAUUGAGUAAAGUGGCAAGCGAGGUUGAUGAAAAAGGAGAGGAGGCAGCAAAGGUCUCAUCUUGCGAUCCAUUGAAUGUUGCUGCGAUGGUGGAAACUGAACUGUUCAGAGCCUGGGGAUCUUGUAGCAGAACCAACAAAGCCAAAUAUUGGUCGGUGAUGUUCAAUUUGAAAGAUGAUAAGAACCCUGAUUUCCGAAAGAAAGUUCUUCUCGGGGAGUUUAGCCCUGAAUCAAUCAGUCAGUUGACAGCAAAAGACAUGGCAAGCCAGGCGAGAAAGUUGGAGAACGAGCAAAUCCGGGGAUUGCCCAAGUUCAAUCACGAAAUACUUCCGGCACCGGAGUCAAAGGGGGAAGGGAAUUCGGAGCUGCAGUGCCGCAGGUGCGAGUUCUCUGCAACAACUUAUAGUCAGAUGCAGACCCGAAGUGCCGACGAGCCGAUGACUAUAUUAGUGCAUUGCCACAAUUGCGACCACAAUUGGAAAGUUUCAUAA